AUGCAGCCGCCCCUCUUUGACAUGUGGAAAGACUACUUCAACCUGAGCCAGGUGGUACUGGCGCUGAUCCAGAGUCGGAGGCAAAGGCCAGAGGCCCAAGGGGUUGGAGAGGCAAGACCUGGGCCACCACUGAGACGGAAUGAGGGGCCGGGAGGGCCGGGGGCCAGCGGGGGCCUGGCCAACCUGUGCAAUUUCUGCAAGCACAACGGUGAGUCCCGCCACGUCUACUCUUCACACCAGCUGAAGACACCGGAGGGCGUGGUGGUGUGUCCCAUCCUGAGGCACUACGUGUGUCCACUGUGCGGGGCCACUGGGGGCCAGGCGCACACGCUCAAGUACUGCCCGCUCAAUGGCGGCCAGCAGUCCCUCUACCGCCGAAGCGGGCGCAACUCUGCCGGCCGCAAGGUCAAGCGCUGA